AUGUUGGACGCGGCGGGAGGAGAAGAUGGAGAUGCAGAUGCAGAUGCUGGUGCUGGUGCCGAUGCUGGUGCCAAUGCUGAUGCUGAUGCUGAUGCUGAUGCUGAUGCAGAACUGGAGCCGCAGCCGGCUGCGCCUUUGCCCUCGCCCUCCAGACGGUGUCGGCGAUACGGCCUUAAAAUCGCCUUAAAAUCGAACCAGACGCGCCAGGCCACACAGAGCAGGGAGCUCCAGAGCCAACAUUCAACGGCCAGGGCGGAGGCGGCGGACACUCGGAUAUCGCAUGCAGAGUGGUCCUUGCCGACUGCGCCAGUUCCAGUGCUUUGCAUGAACUGGCAGAGCGACGACGAUGGCAAGGAGAGACAGGGUGAAUCAAGAUGCAGAACAUAUGUGUAUGGAGGUGCGCUGGGCGAGACAAGGCCGAGAGCGACUGGCACCGCAGGCGCAUGCCAGAGCCAGGGCAGCAAGCUAUGGAGGCUGCAGGCGCAAAUGCAGGGCACAGAUGACAUCGGAUUGAUUCAAUCUUCAAUGUUACCUGCUCGAGCGUCCAAGGCGUCCGAGUCCAAGUCGCGACAAAGUCGCCCGAGGAGACGAGCGGCAGAGACAGGCUAG